UCUAUAAGCCACAGCCCACAGGGUUGUGACAGAAAGAGAGUGAGAGAGAGAGAGAGAGAGAGAGUGAGUGAGUGAGUGAAGCUGAAGAGAAUCUCUAUAGCACCAACGCAGCUAUGGGUAUCUCAAGAGAUUCGAUGCACAAGAGGCGAGCCACUGGUGGCAAGAAGAAGGCAUGGAGGAAGAAGAGAAAGUAUGAGCUUGGGCGUCAGCCAGCAAAUACUAAACUCUCGAGCAACAAGACUGUUAGGAGAGUUCGAGUUAGGGGAGGCAAUGUGAAGUGGAGAGCACUCAGGCUGGAUACAGGAAACUACUCAUGGGGCAGUGAAGCUGUUACCCGGAAGACACGUAUUCUUGAUGUGGUAUAUAAUGCCUCAAACAAUGAACUUGUGAGGACCCAAACUCUGGUGAAAAGUGCCAUUGUUCAGGUGGAUGCUGCUCCAUUCAAACAAUGGUACCUUCAGCACUAUGGUGUUGAUAUUGGUAGGAAGAAGAAGUCGGCUGCUGCUAAGAAGGAAACGAAUGAGGAAGGUGAAGGCGCAACUGCACCUGAGGAAACCAAGAAGAGUAACCAUGUGGUAAGGAAGAUUGAAAAACGUCAGAAAGAUCGCAAGCUUGAUUCCCACCUUGAAGAGCAGUUUGGGUCGGGCAGAUUGAUGGCAUGCAUUGCAUCACGACCAGGCCAGUGUGGCAGGGCUGAUGGGUAUAUCUUGGAAGGAAAGGAACUGGAAUUCUACAUGAAGAAGAUUCAGAGGAAGAAGGGAAAAGGUUCUGGUGCAACUGCCUAAUCAUCAUCUGAUCUUAUAAGAUCCUUUGAAGUCAAUCUAGUUUUCUAUUUUGUUGCUCACCUCCCUUGUGUACCAACAUUGACACUUGGUUCCUUGUGCUGGAUACUAUGUAGUUUUGGACAAGUUUUGUAUGCACUUCGUUUUAUUGGUCUUCUGAACUGGUUUGUUUUCACUAGUGUUAAACAUCAUAUAUACAAUUUUUUUUUUUUUUUUUGAACUA